AUUAAAAUCUUUAAUUUUCAUUUUUCAAAUAAUGGCAGAAUAAACAUAAGAUAAAUAAUUUAAGGGUGUGAAAAAGUUUACCUACAGAGGUUUAUAAUUGGAAGAGCUUGUCAAAUUGCCAAUGGAUAAAUUGGUUGAAUAAUUCAGAGCAAGAUAAAGAAGAAGAAUUUCUAAUUAAGGUGAAAAAGUUCAUGCCUUUUAAAAUUUGAUGAAGAAAGUAGAGAAUACAAUAUAUUAUUAUAGAUUCGUAAAUCAAAGAAAGAGACAUUACCAGGAGAGAAACCAAAGCCAGUAAAGACUCAUUAAAGAAAUACAAUAGUAGUACCAGAGAUGGUUGGUUCAAUCGUAGGUGUUUAUAAUGGUAGAUAAUUCAGCAACGUAGAAAUAAAGUUUGAUAUGAUUGGCAGGUAUAUCUGAAUGCAAAUUUAAUACUAGAUAUUUGGGUGAAUUCUCAUUGACAUAUAAACCAACAAGACAUGGAAAACCAGGUGUUGGUGCUACAAAGGGAUCAUAACAUACAGAUUGAUAAUUAUAUAGUAUAUAAGUACAAUAUAAAUAAUUGCAG